AUGGCAGUUGCUGUAGCUAACCAUACGCCCUGCCCAGACAAUAUCUAUCAAACCAGGAUGAGGGCCUUCAGCGAAGCCCGGCGGAACCCACCAUGGAAUAUCUUUCCCCAUACACGAACUGAGACCGAGUCCACCCGGCCAGAGACCUACCAAGCCGGCAGCGAGCUCGAGCGGCAGCCGCGCGCAUCCACGGGGCCUGCAGCUUUGUCAUCUCCGGGAGUUCCCAGCAGUAGCAGAGAGCCCAAUGGCCAUGCCUUGGAUUCAAGUCGAGAUGGCGACAGCCAACCCAUCGAAGAAAGCGGAGUCGGAACUGCAGCAGUACCCCAGGAUGGCUUGCGCCAGAGGAGCUCGAGGACCGAUCGUAGCGUGACGCUGACUUCAGAGCAGAGACAAGAGGAGGAGAAGAACGAGGAAAAGCCGAAAAAGUCGCGGACUUUUUUCAAGCACCUGACGCCCAAGGAACCCUUUACGGUCAGGAACCAGCUCGAGCGCACCCUGUUCAACUCGUGGAUCAACGUGCUGCUGAUCACGGCGCCCGUCGGCAUUGCCAUCAACUACGUCGAGUCGAUCCCCCGCGUGGCCGUCUUCGUCGUCAACUUUAUCGCCAUUAUCCCCCUGGCUGCUAUGCUCGGCUUCGCGACUGAGGAGAUAGCCCUCCGGACCGGUGAGACCCUGGGAGGGCUGCUCAACGCCACGUUCGGAAACGCCGUCGAACUCAUCGUCGCAGUCAUCGCCCUCGCCCACAACGAGGUGGUCAUCGUGCAGACGUCGCUCAUCGGGAGCAUCCUGUCCAACCUGCUGCUCGUGCUGGGCAUGUGCUUCUUCUUUGGCGGGCUGCGGCGCCCGGAGCAGUACUUCAACACGACCGUGGCCCAGACGGCCGCGAGCAUGCUGGCGUUGGCCGUGGCGAGCGUCAUCGUCCCGACCGUCUUCGACGCCGCCCGCGACACGCCCGCGAGCGACGUGGCCAAGCUUUCGCGCGGCACCUCGGUCAUCCUCCUCGUCGUCUACGCCGGCUACCUCCUGUUCCAGCUGAAGACCCACUCCAAGGUGUUUGCCCUACAGAGCCAAAAGGUUGAGGCCAAGCCUUUCCCGUCUCUCAAAAGGGCAAAAUCUAGCCCUGGUUUGAGCGAGGGCGCCGUGGCGCAGGGUUUCGUGGCCCCCGCGGGGCUCAUGGGCGGGCACGGCCUCAUCUCGCGGCGGUCUCAGAACGAAAAGAUCCGCGAGCUGCUCACACAGCCUCCUCCUUUGCAAGAGAACAGCCAGCAGCAGCACCACCACCACCUAGGUGACGUAACAGAGGAAGAAAAAGAAGCACAUGAACAAGAAAACGGCGAAGAAGAAGAAGAAGCCGAAGAACCCCAACUCCACUUCCUCGUCGCCCUCGGCACCUUAGCCGCGGUAACCGUCGUCAUCGCCCUCUGCGCCGAGUUCAUGGUCGACAGCAUCUCGGCGGUGACCGCCAACGGGGCCGUAAGCGCCGAGUUCGUCGGCCUGAUUCUGCUCCCCCUGGUGGGCAACGCGGCCGAGCACGCCACGGCCGUGACGGUGGCGUGCAAGGACAAGAUGGACCUGGCCAUCGGCGUGGCCGUGGGCUCGAGCAUGCAGGUCGCCCUCUUUGUGAUCCCGCUCCUGGUCAUCAUCGGCUGGGGCAUGGGCGUCGACGCCAUGUCGCUCAGCUUUGACGCGUUCCAGGUCGCCGUGCUCUUCGUCGCCGUGCUGCUCGUCAACUACCUCAUCGCCGACGGGAAAUCACAUUGGCUUGAGGGCAUGUUACUCAUGUGUCUGUACUGUAUCAUUGCUGUGUGUUCGUGGUGUAAGUUAUUUCUGAAAAGACAUUUUGUUCCCUCGGCAUCACCCCUUCACCCCCCUUUUCGACGCUCCUUGGAUUGCUUGCUGACUGGCUGCGUAGGGUACCCGACAGAUCAGGAAGUGGCAGGGGCAUAA